UGUAAGACAAUGAGACUAAGCAAAGCCGAAAGGCGGCGUACAUGGGAGUGGGCUACCGUGUGAGAUCGCAGUCGACUCCAGCAGCCCAGAAAACAACAUGGAUAAAUGGCCACCUACGUGGGAAUGGUGAUGUAGUUAGAAGAAUGCCACCUCUGCGCGUCUGUCGUUUACUCUUACUUUUCCUUUUGUUUGAUAUCGCCUGGAUAGCGCUUGCAAAAUCCAUUCCGGAUCGGGGUACACUUGAGGUACUGCUCAGAGUUCAAGUGUUUGACAACAGUGACCUUUCACCCCUGACGGACGCCACUGUAGAAAUUUAUGGGAACCAGUCUAUCUUGGCAUCAAGCAAGGCAGUCAGCGAUGGGAUAGUCGUGGUGAGGUUUCAGUACCACCCAGGAACAUGGGUGAUCGUCGCGGCAUCCAAGACGGGUUACGUCACGAACUCUGCUCCCUGGCACGCCAACCGUAUCCCCUUGUAUGCAUCAGUGAGCCUCUACCUCCUUCCCCAGAGACCGGCUACCCUCAUCCUUUAUGAUGAUGUGGUUCAGGUUCUGUCAGGAACCCCAGGUGGCAGGAACCAGCCAUGGAUCCAGUUGCAGAGUAAGGCGGUCCACCUGCCUCCCGGCACCUCCUACACAGACGUGUGGGCGGUGCUGACUGCUGCCAGGAGCCAGUAUGAGAUCGGGGGUUUUCCAUACAUGCUGGGCCGUGAGACUAACCACACAGGGGGAAAUAGCAGCUGGCUGGAGCUGACUGCGGUGGCAGCGGUCAGUGCCCACCUUUAUGCCCGCAAUGGGAGUGCCGUGCAGGUGUCGGAGCCCAUCCAUGUCUCCAUCCCCCUGCCCUCUGACAGCCCAGUGAAGGUGGACACCAGCAUCCCUGUCUGGCAGUUUGAAGCCGCCACAGGGCUCUGGGUCAGGAAUGGAACAGGCUACAUUAAAAGAGAGGGCCUGCAGCUCAUCUGGAGUUUCGUUGCCUCACAUCUGGGGCUCUGGGUGGCAGCAAUCCCUUCAGCUACAGGCAUGGGUUUCAGCUCCACAGGCUUGCGAGACAUGACCACCUACCAUACCAUCUUUCUGCUCGCUAUCCUGGGCUCCAUGGCCCUGCUAGUGCUCAUCCUACUGUGUCUGCUUCUCUACUACUGCAGGAGGAGAUGUCUGAAACCACGGCAACAACGUCGCAAGAAGCAUGUUUCCGCCACACUAGACAACUCCAAGCGAGACCAGGGAACCUCAAUGUCUCGCCUUAACCUUAUCUGUGGCGGGCACAUUGAAACGGCCUCUUCCAAAGGUGACAGGGACGACCUCAAAUCCGAAUUCACCUCCUCUCAGGACUUCCAGAGCUCACGUGAAGAGUUCUUCCAACAUGUCCCUGCCCACAAAUUGCACCACUCAAAGAUCAACAAGGACGGAGGCCCGCGGCGUGGCGAAAGCUUCCAGAUGGUGACCCGCUCUACAGAAGCCAGCAACCUGGACCACCCUCUGUUGCAUAGUGACUACACCAGGAGCUGCAGUUCGAUGGAGGACAAGGGGAUUGAUGGCCUGCGGCGCCACAAUGCCAAUGACAACAAGGGCUAUUCUUCUGAUCCCCCAUCCCCUCCUCCUUUUCUUAGUCACAAGCCAGAAGGCAAGCCCCCAGAGUACUCCGCGUCCCAGGUAGCAGACCAUCUUGCCCGGCCCACUUCCUUGAACACACAGCCUAGCCAGUUCAUCUUCUGUGGCUCCAUCGACCAGAUGAAGGAGAACAUGUACCGAAGUAUGGUGCCCACUCUGGUCAUACCAGCCCACUACAUGCGGUUGUCGUCAGAAUUCUCAGGGAUGGACCAGGGGGCAGAGUCACAACAGCAGCAAAAGCAAGAUCUAGACGAUGUACCAGGAUGCCACCAGCUCACACCCCAGCAGCAGCAACAACAGAUCAGUCCACCAGGCGAGGACCCCGAAGGUCGCAACUGGGGCCCAAAUCCGUCUUCAGGUCCUGUGCGUAUCCCUGUGCUUUUUAACGACUCGACUAUGGCACAGAUGAAUGGGGAACUCCAGGCCCUAACUGAGAAGAAGCUGAGGGAGCUGGGUGUGAAGCAACAUCCUCGGGCCUGGUUCAUCUCUCUGGAUGGCCGUUCCAACUCUCACGUGCGGCACUCCUACAUAGACCUGGGCAAUGAAACUAGUGUCCGGCUUGGCCAUGAUGCUAACCUGGACUCUGGAGUAGACUUCCGUGAAAGUAAGCCGAUGCUCCACCGCAAAGGCAAAGGGGAGAAGGCCAGUAGUAGUAAGGGGCAUAGUAGCAAAACCUAUUCUAAACUGGCCUAUGCGGAUGACAGAGAGCCCAGCAGCAGUGAGAACCGUACUGCCAUGGGUUCACCUGAAGACAAUUCCCUCACCCCGCUGUUGGAUGAGGGCCAGGAGCCCCGUGGGACUGGCAUUCCCAGACGAGGCCGCAGCCGGGUCAACAGCUCACGCAGCAGCAACAGCGAAACUCGUCGGGACUCUAUGACCAGUGCCGAGGAUGAAAACGACCCCGAUGACAAGGAUGAUGAGGGAGAGAACAAGAAGAGUCCCUGGCAGAGGCGAGAAGAAAGGCCUCUGAUGGUUUUUAAUGUCAAGAAGUAGAGAUAAGCCCAGUCCAACCUCAAACUCUUUGUGAAGUUUUUUUCCUCCUUAUUUUGCUCUACUCACCUUCUGUGAUGUACUUCUAGUUCAGUUUGUACGGUUGUGGUCUUCAACAAUGAAAUGCAGAAAAUCCAAACACGAUGCAACAUAGUAAAAAGCUGGCCAGAGAAAAGCACAAUGAAGAUAAAAGAUACAAGAAACCUACGUAGAUUAUCACUCUCAUUGGUUUUUUUCCUGGAAGAGUCCAGAUAUUUGGAGAGAAAGUGGAUUAUUAUUUUUGUAGUGAUUACCCAAGCAUGUCACUUUAAAUGCUGAGAUCUUGCUAGAUAUUUUUCCUCACACAAGGACUCUCUAGAAAGAAUCAAAAUGGCAUAAUGAAAAAUCAAGAAACUAUGGAAAAGCAGACUUUCAAGAAUGUGAUUUUUUUCCAUUUUUUAUUUCCAUGUGCUGUAAACUUCAUUUUUACCUUUUGAAAUUUUUUUGAGAAUCACAUAUCCGAACACAGUUAUGGUGUUCCGUUUUAUACUGACUUUGGACACAACCUGAAAGCCUAAACAAGGUAUUUUACUUUUAAGUAUCCUCUCCUCUGGGCAGAAUUGAGGAAAAAUUCUGAUGUAAGUAUCACAGAUUUAUUUGGGGUUUUCUUUGCUGUUGUCCCAUUUAUAUUUGUCUGCUCAUUAUAUUCUUUUACAACAGCUAGAAAGCUGAAAACAAACAUAAAACUGUCGUCUGUGGCUGUAUGAACUAUCCACAAGGCCUUCCUUAAAAUUGUCAUUUUUGUGUGAAUCUAAUGAAAUGGCUUUGUAAAAACGCAACUUAAAUAUUUCGUUUUUUUUUUAAUGAAUGUGGAGCAAUGUGUUUCAGUUGAGAACUGCUUUACAGCACUGACUGUGUUCUCUGAAGCAUUACCAGGCACGGCCUCUGACAGAUUCCUCAAUCACGUGAAAGGUUGCUAUGAAUCAUGAAUAUGAAAUCUUUUUUUUUUUCACUUGCAGCUAUUUGCUAAGAAAGGUUUUUCUGGUAAAUUUGUAUGUUUAUUUCCAAGAGAAAUCUUUCCUGUGUCAUUGAGAUCAGAUUAACAGCUGAUCAGUCAAUGCAGCUAUUGCAUAGUGUCCUACCAGUUUGACAGGAAAACCCACAGUGUGCCACCUAGUGGUAGUUUUUGUUUUUGGCUGAAAAGAUUCAAGUCAUACAGAAUCCCAUGUAUUUGAAGCACAAAGUCCGCUACAGAAUCCUAAAAUGUACACAGAAACAUAUAGUGUUUUGUCCUCUCCCCCACCAACCCCAAGGUUUUUUAUUGAGACUUUAAAGGAUACAUGCGGUGGAGCUGAAGUCUUGAAAGGAUACGUAGUGGAAGAACAUUAAGUAGAUAGUGAACAGAAGUGAAUGGACAGAUAGAUAAAUAUGGCUGGUGUGUCAUUGAGUGUGUCAGGGAACUGUGCCGGCAUCUAGAAACUUGUGAGUUCCAGCCCUUUUGCUGGCAGAUUAAUCGUAUCAGUUGCAGGGCCUUGAGCAAGGGCCUUAACCCCUACUGUGCCAAGGAUGCCGGCUGACGCUGCUCUCCGACCCCAAAGCUUUCCUCACUUCUAUGUCACUUUGGACAAAAUUGUCCAGUAUAUGUAGGAAAGAACAGAAUAUGGAAACGUGGGAUGCUGACAACUCUGUGUUUCUUUACAGCACUAGCAUUUAACAUAUACAGUGAGAAGCAAAACUUUUGGGAAGUAAAAUUGGUUAUUUUUGUUAUUCCUAAUUUGUGUUAAUAGGUCAAAAAAUCAACAUGAGGAUAAAGUACAGAAUGCCAACUGUUAUUUCUAGGCGAUGUUUCCCAUACAGUAAUAGCCAAAUGUGAAAUAUGCCAUUUGCUGUGUCUACUGAGCAUAAGUAUCGGAACAAAGGAUUGACAGGUCAUUCUGAUUGUUCAGGUAUUCCAUGUUCCCAUAAUUGUGAACACAAAAGAGCUAUGAAUGUGUGGAGUUGGUUGUAGCCAUUGGGAGUUUGAAUUUGAUGUGUGUUUGAUGUAAAGAUUACAAACGAGAUGGAAAAGCAAGCAGUUUUGAAAAUGAGAUUAAAAAACACUAAUCAAAAGCAUCCAAGAAUGACUUCACAUUCCAAAAUCAACAGUCUGGAGUGAUUUGAAAAAGAAACAGGCUACUUGGUGUGUUGGCAAUUUGCAAACAUCAGGCCGUCAGCAGUGUUAGAGCUGUGAAGAAAACCCCCAAAAUAAGGAAUGACAGCUGGUCCACUGAGUGCAGGGGUGAAUGUGCCAGUGUUCACCAUUCACAGAAUAAUUCAAGAAAAGAAAUACUGAAGCCACACUGCGAGGUACAAACCUCUGAUCAACACCAAGAACAGAAGAGCCAGGCUGGAAUUCACGAAGAUGGGCCAGAUGAGUUUUGGAGCAAAAUGUUAUGGACAGAUAAGGUGAAGAUUAACCUUUAUCAAAGUCAUGGGAAGGGGAAAGUGUGGAGAGAGAGCAUACCACUUCAUCUGCGAAGCAUGGAGAGGGCAAUGUCCUUGGGCAUGCAUGGCUGCUUCUGGAAUUGGCUCCCUUGCCUUAGCUAAUGAUGUAUUUGGAGAGGUAACAAGAGAAUGAAUUCUGAGGUUUACAGAAACGUCUUAUCUUCCCAUGUCCAAGCAAAUACCUCAAAACUCAUUGUUUGGAAGUUCACAAUGCAGCAAAACAAUGACCAAAACUGCACACUUAACCAAGUUCAUCAGAAAGAAAUAAUGGAAAGUUAUAGACUAGCCAAGUCAGUCUUCUGAUUUUAACCCAAAUGAGCAUGCAUUUCACCUGACGAGGAAAAAACUGGAAAAAAGUCAGAAACACCCCAAAACAGGCACCAACUGAAAGCAGCUGCAACAAAGGCAGGGCAGAGCAUCUCAAAUGGUCAAAAGUCAGGUGCCAUAAGACAUGAGGCAGUUAUUAACUGUAAGGGGUUUGGGACCAAAUAUUAGGUCUGAACAAUUUAGUUUUGCUUUAAAUUUAUUUGUACCAGUACUGAUACUGAUCUGAAACUGGAAGAGUAAACAAGACAAAAGAGAAACAAAACAAGAAAGAAAUAAAACAAUACAAUAUGGCAGGCAGGCAGACAAAAGACGACACAGUCAAAACAACAGGGGAACUCAUCAGGAGAGCAGGUAAGACUGGUGCUGUAUAUUGUAAUCUCUGCCAAAAACUUGUGCCAAUCAAAAUCUGGAAUUACUAAAAAUUUAUUUCACCACUCUAAGUAUUGUCAUCCAGUUAUAUAUACAGAAUACAAGCACUUACAGUCACAGACACCAGCAAAUAAUGUUGCAACUUUUAGUCGCAUCCAGUAUUGGUUCAAAACGGGACACAUUUUAUUCUUAUCAAUUCGAGGCUGGUGGCAACUCUGUCAGCAAUGUCAAAACCGCCCCCCUUAAGGAGCAGUGAGGCAGAGGAAAAUAAUCCAGCAAUGAACUGUACUGUCGGCAUAUUACUAGUGUUACUGUCUGUCAUGAAAAAAAUAUUGUAUGAUUUAUUAAAAUUAGAUUUCAGUUUGCAGUUCUUUGUGAUCUCAUGUUCUGUUUAAGGCAAAUUCUAAGGGAAUCUUAUGCUUAAAUGGAGCGUAAAGAGAAAAUGAAUUAUUCUUGAAAAUAACGAUUUAUGCAUUAUAUCAUGAUAAUUAUAUUAACUGAUAUGAAAAGAAAUCCUGAUAAAAUAUGUUGCCAUGUCUCCCAGCCCUAAUUCCUGUGUUAGAGAGAAUGGAAUUUGGACAGUGAAAUGAAACAUAUUUUCUAUGGUUGAAAUGAAAGUGCAACUAUUAAAUGUAACAAAUGUAUAUAAUUGAAAGAUGUGUCCUUCCAACUGCUGGUAGCUUUUCUUUGCUUUCUUCUCAGCACAGACACACAUACGCAUACAUACACAACUGUACCAUGUUUUCUGCCCCAAGUGCCUUCUUUUUGCAUUGUAAAUUGUGGCCAAUCACAGAAGGCCUUUUCAGCAUGUCAUAAAAUAGGUGUUGGGUGUGUGACCAAACUAAUGCAUUCAACUGAUCAUCCGAAUGAGCCCCCAAGGCUUCAGGAGGAGAAAAUUAAAGAGAAAUUACCUUGCGCCCUCAGAUUGUUUAUAUGCAAAGGUUGAAAAACUUGAUAAGCUGAUUAAAACUGGAUGUGAAGAGUCUGAAACGAACUGAAAAUAGUUGUGUAGCAGUGUUUUUAUGCUUUUGCAGAUUUAAACCAGACUUUCCUUUACGCCACAUUGUGAAUUGCUUAAUGGUUCAUUUCAGCCAACAGCAGUCGGUAACAAUACUCGAGUCAAAAAUAAACGUGAUGGUCUUAUGAGGGCAUAAUCUGUUCUACAAGGAACACUGUAAUAAAUCAGGGGGAAAAGAUGAAGCAGAACAUCCUUAAUCCAUGGCCUGUCACACAAUAGGGCUAUGAAUGUGAAGACUUGUAGCACAGCUUAGAGAGCAAAUAACAGGAUUACUCAGAUUCAAUCUAUCAGCACAAUGUACCAUCAAAUUAGGCCAUGUUCUGUGUAAACAGAUCAUGACAGAGGUCCUAAAAAUGUGGUCAUGAAUGGUGAAUCAUACCAUAAAAUGCUUGUAAUUUUGUAAAGGAGACAGGUCACCAUGCAGUCCUAAGAUGUGCCCACAGGGUCACGUCCUUGGCAUGUGGGAGUGAGAGUGGGCGAAAGCAUUUGUGUAUAGAGAAAAAUCUUAAGAGGAGCCACAAAUGGAGACUGUUAAAUCAAACAAACACAUGUGGGCAUCACUUACCUCUACAGAGCAACCAGGCAACAACAGAACUGUUUUUCCAGAAGCCAUAAACUGCCUGUAAUUUUGGGUCAUACCUGAAGAUUUACGACAUUGUCUUACUAAGCUUUCCUGUGUAGCUGGAUGCAUGAUGAUUUCCUGUUGAACGAAUCUUUUAUUAUUGUGAUGAGUGCUUAAUGCAACGCUUUUGUAAAAUGGCUCCCCUGCACUUUCCUGAUUUUUAAAUAAAGUUAUGGUGUUUAUAUUGGAACAGUUCAACUGAAUUGUUUUCCCAAGAAUCACUGUACAAAUGGGAUUAAAUGUGCAAAUCAUAUUUAAAUGUUAAUUUACAUCUUUGAGCAAUGCUUAUAAAAUGUCCUCAGACUGCUUUUUUUCCCCCUUUAGCCAACCCUACAGCAUGCUGAGUUGUAUCAUUGUGCAGAAUAGUUCAGACUUUUAAAUAUGAACUCCUGCUGUCCUGGCUUGUAAGACACAUGGUGUUUGAAGGAUGUCUCCUUACCCGCUUCUUCCCCAAUUUCUGGUGACAUUUUAUACUUGCUUUCAUUAUUAAUGUUGCAAAUAUUAAUGGAUUUAACAUGUAUAGUGUUUUGCCUUGUCUGUAAAGAAAUUAAAAUGGUUAAAUUUUA